AGAUAGACUUCAGACUUAGAGGCAGAGCACUAUCGUAGCGUUACUGGUUACUGGUGUUUGAGUAGUUGAAUUUUCAUACAUUAAAAAUUAGAACAAUCGUAAGAAUCCGAAAGUUAUAUAAUUUCAGUCCAUUAUUGUUCGGCAGUGUUAUUUUAUCAUUUUAGUCUAAAAUAUGUCGAAACCAGCAGAAAAUCAACCUGAAGAAUUGUCCGAAGAUGAUAAACGUUUGCAAGAGGAACUCAACAUGCUUGUUGAGAAGAUUACUGGUUCAGAGGAAAAUCUGUAUAAGCCAGCCUUAGAAAGUAUGAGGGAUCUGAUCCGAAGUUCCACAACGUCUAUGACAAGUGUGCCGAUGCCUUUGAAGUUCCUCCGAUCCCACUAUGGUGUCCUGAAAGAAGCUUAUGAUCGGAUGACUGAGAAGGAAGCUAAAGAGUUGUGUGCAAGUAUAGUCUCUGUGCUAGCCAUGAGUCAGGAUCUCCCAGGAGCACGCGAGUGUUUGAAGUAUUGUCUUCUCAGCUCCAAAUAUGAUGUGGGUGAUUGGGGCCAUGAAUAUGUCAGACAACUCGAAGGAGAGAUAGCAGAAGAGUGUGGCCAAGCAGCUGACGUGGAGGAGGUGAAAGCAAAACUGUUGCCACUCAUUGAGAGUAUCAUCAAGUUCGACAUGAAACACAAUGCAGAGAUACAAGCAUGUGACUUGCUAAUGGAAAUAGAUCGGCUGGACAUUAUCGACAGGCACAUGGACGCAUCAAAUUAUCUAAGAGUGUGUCUCUAUAUAUCAAGUUCUGCCGGUUACGUUGAUGACACUGAGAGGGAGGUGAUUCUGCGGUCGGUCAUUGAACAUUAUCUCCGGUUCAAGGAGUACCCAAGGGCUCUCUGUAUUGCUAUGGAGCUAAAUGACAAUGAUGCCAUGCAACGUAUCUUCAAGGAAUGUACUGAUCCAUCGGUAAGAAAGCAGUUGGCUUACACAGUAGGCAGACAACAGCUCUGUCUAGAACUCAGUGACGAUCUUGUGGACAAAUCAGACCUUUCCACCAUCAUGUCCAACUCGCAUGUCAAUGAUCAUUUCCAUGGGCUGGCCAGAGAGUUGGACAUUAUGGAGCCCAAGACACCAGAGGAGGUCUACAAGACCUGGCUGGAGGGUCUGGUGCUGCGGCCAACCUAUAAUUUGGAUGUGCCUGUAGAUUCUGCCCGUCACAACCUCGCAUCCACCUUUGUCAACGCUUUUGUCAAUGCUGGCUUCUCCCGUGACAAACUAGUCUCCGUGGAGGACGGCAACAAAUGGAUGUACAAGAACAAGCAGCACGGAAUGCUCAGUGCUGCCGCUUCCCUAGGCCUCAUUCACUUGUGGGAUGUAGACGGUGGACUUACUCCCAUCGAUAAAUAUCUCUACACAUCUGAAGAGAACAUCAAGUCUGGAGCAUUGUUGGCACUGGGGAUAGUCAACUGUGGAGUACGCAAUGAGUGUGAUCCAGCCCUUGCCCUGUUGUCAGACUACGUUCUUCACGAUAGUGUUACCCUGCGUACAGGAGCAGUCCUCGGGUUGGGGCUGGCGUAUGCUGGCACCCGACGACGACAGGACGUGGUAUCACUGCUACUGCCGGUAUUGUCAGACAAAAAGUCAUCUCCAGAGGUGGUGGCGUUGGCAGCCCUGGCUUGUGGUCUCAUCACUGUUGGCGCCAGUGACCCUGAGGUGCUCUCUACUUUACUUCAGACACUGCUUGAUCUUCCCGUCUCAGAGCUGCAGGAGGGACAGUACUCCCGUUUCUUGCCUCUUGCCAUCGGUCUCUGCUACUUAGGGCAAAAAGAAGCUACAGAAGCAACCAAGGCUGCUCUGGAAGUGUUGCCUGAGCCAUUCAGGUCUAUGUCACAGCAGAUGUUGAAAAUGUGUGCGUACGCCGGAACAGGCAAUGUGCUGAUAGUGCAGCAACAACUACAGAUCUGCAGUGAGCACUACACUACCGUGAAAGAAGACACUAAGAAAGAAGACAAGGACAAAAAAGAGGACAAGAAGGACAAAGAAAAGGAGAAAGCCAAGGAUUUGACCUCAAUGCAAGCUGUUGCUGCUCUGUCAGUGGCCGUGAUCGCAAUGGGAGAGGAAAUUGGGUCAGAAAUGUCCACCAGAAUAUUUGCACAACUGGGAAGGUAUGGAGAGCCAGCAGUGAGACGGGCAGUGCCUCUAGGUAUUGCUCUCACGUACAUCUCUAACCCACAGCUCAGUAUUAUCGAUGUGCUCAACAAGUACUCUCACGACGCAGAUGAGGAGGUAGCUCACAAUGCCAUCUUCGCCAUGGGCUUAGUUGGUGCUGGUACUAACAACGCAAGGUUGGCAACAAUGCUGAGACAGCUGGCACAGUACCAUGCCAAGAACACUGGCCACCUGUUUAUGGUGAGGAUAGCGCAGGGCCUGACUCACCUUGGUAAGGGGACCUUGUCUCUGUCGCCAUUCCACACUGAUCGUCAGAUCAUGAAUCCUGUUGCAGUGGCUGGCCUCCUCAUUACUCUCACCGCUUUUCUUGAUACCAAGAAUAUAAUCCUUGGCAAAUCACACUAUCUGCUGUAUACUUUGGCAACGGCCAUGUACCCUCGAUGGUUGGUCACUCUGGAUGAAGAAGGAGAACCUCUGCCUGUUCCAGUUCGUGUUGGACAGGCAGUAGAUGUGAUCGGCAAGGCUGGUACUCCCAAGACUAUUGCAGGAGUACACACCCACACCACUCCAGUGUUGCUUGCCGUAGGCGAGAGAGCAGAACUGGCCACUGAUGACUUCACACCUCUCACUCCUGUUAUGGAAGGAUUCGUCAUACUGCGGAAAAAAGCAGUUGCAACUAAUUAAUUAAUUUUUGUAUUCAGUUAAUAAAUGUUCAUAAUACUUUUUGUAGUUAA